AGAAAGGGGAGAGGAGAGAGAAAGGGGGAGGAGAGAGAGGGAGAGAUGGAGCAAAACCUGGCAGCUCGCUCGCUUUGCAGCUCAGAUUGGAAAAACGCAGGUACUGCGAGCUUCGAUGCAAAUCCCUAACUCAGCAAGCUCUGCUCUAUAAAGCGACGGAGGCGUGAAUGAGUUUAUCAGCAGACCACAGCGCCGCGAAGAAAUCGCAAUACAGCCCGGCUGUUUUUACCAGUAACCAAAACUGUUUCGCGUUGAGAGAAACUUCUGUGUUCUUCAGCAAGUUUUUUUUUUUUUUUUUAUCCUGUUGAAUGAAGUUCGUCUAAUACUGCAAGUACAAGACACGUUUGCAACUUUAUAUUUCAGUAACGAGAAAGAAAAAGUUGUCGAGAGAGGGAAAGAAAUAUACUCAAUACGGCGUUUUUUUCUCAGUGUAUGUAAUUCCCUUUUCUCGAUAUUCUGAUGACUUUGUUAAAGUUCCAGAUGACAUCAGCAAUGGACACCAAUAACAGCAACACAGGGGGGGUCAUCUCGUACAUCGGCUCUGUGGGGGGGUCCCCGAGUCGGACCAGCCCGGUGUCUGUGUACAGCGAUAACUCCAACAGCAGCUUCCAGUCACUGUGUCUCUCCCAGCCCCUCUUCGGCUGCUCCUUCCCCCCCUCCCCCAGCAGCUCCCUGUCCCAGUGCAGGGGGGGCGGGGGCUCCUCCUCCUCGGGGUCCGGGGAGGAAUCGGGGUCCACCAGCGCUGUGGGGUCCCCUCAGAGCGUGCGCUCCGGCAGAGGGGAGGGGCACGGCCGCUGCUCCCCCAGCAAGGCAGCCAGCAGCAUCAGCAAGCUGAACGGCUUGGUGCUGCUGUGUAAGGUGUGUGGAGACGUGGCCUCAGGGUUCCACUACGGUGUCCACGCCUGUGAGGGGUGCAAGGGUUUUUUCCGGCGCAGCAUCCAGCAGAAUAUCCAGUACAAGAAGUGCCUGAAGAACGAGAGCUGCUCCAUCAUGAGGAUCAACCGGAACCGCUGCCAGCACUGCCGCUUCAAGAAGUGCCUGAGUGUGGGCAUGUCCCGGGAUGCCGUGCGUUUCGGACGGAUCCCGAAGCGUGAGAAGCAGCGCAUGCUGGCGGAGAUGCAGAGCGCCAUGAACAACAUGGUGAACAUCAGCAACAGCAGCAGCCAGCUGCACCCGACGGCCCCCUCCCCACCCCCCGCCCAGCCACACCUCCACCCCCAACCCCUCACCCCCACGCCCCCCGCCUCGCCCCCCCGGACACCCUGCUCGCCCCCCAGCCCCGGAACCGACCGGACCAUCUCGCAGAUCGCCAAGGCUCACAGAGAGAGCUUCGUGUUCGCUCACGACAGGCUCUCACGCACCGCAGUGGCACCAGGCUGCCACAAGGGGGCGCUAGACAACUGCGAUGCAAACGGCUGUGCCAGUGGGUACCAUUUUAACGGAGUCAACAACAUCUACCAUCACAAUAACAACCUGCCCCUCUCCCACUCCCACAGCUAUGCUGCUGGCAGCCCCCCUGUCCUGAACCACCUCUCCCCCUGCCCCCAGGCCAUCCCUGACUACCCCAGCAUUCACGGCUACUGCUUCAUGCACCAGAACAAUGCCAGUGACCACCGGCUGUGCCACAGCAACGUCCACACAGGUCACAGCCAGGAAGCAGAGCCACAGACACUCCCCCACUCCUGCUCAGCCAGCCAGGGACAGAACUGCCCGUGGGGAGGGACCCGGGACGUGCUGCUGGCCUGUCCGAUGAACAUGCACCCCCACAGUGACGGGCUCCGCUCCCCCCAGGAGAUCUGGGACGACUUCUCCCUCAGCUUCACCCCGGCCGUGCGUGAGGUCGUGGAGUUCGCCAAACACAUCCCGGGAUUCCAGGAACUCUCCCAGCAGGACCAGGUCACCCUGCUCAAAGCCGCGACGUUCGAGGUGCUGGUGGUGCGCUUCUCCUCUCUCUUCAACGUGACGGCACAGACGGUCACCUUCGUGUCGGGCUCCUCCUACAGCCUGCCCGCGCUGCGGGGGAUGGGCAUGGGAGAGCUGCUCAGCGCCAUGUUCGAGUUCAGCGAGAAGCUGGGCGCCCUGGAGCUGAGCCCCGAGGAGCUGGCACUCUUCACCGCCGUCGUGCUCGUCUCCGCAGAUCGCUCCGGGAUCGAGGAUGUGAAUUCCGUGGAGCGGCUCCAGGAAUCUCUGAUCCGGGCGCUGAGGGUCCUGGUGACCCGGAGCUUCCCGCAGGAUCCGUCGCGCUUCACCAAGCUGCUGCUGAAGCUGCCGGACCUGCGGAGCCUCAACAACAUGCACUCCGAGAAGCUGCUGUCCUUCCGGGUGGAGGCGUGAGCGCGGAGCCCCCAACGAGCGAGCGGGAUCGCUGGAGAGAGCCCCCAACACUGCUGCAGCAGGGCCUGCUCACACCCUGGGACACAGCUCACACAGUAUCUGCUUCGCUGUGCUUUUCAUACACAAUCCCCAGACAGACCUCUGCUCAUUGUAACGGGCUGUGUUGUUGUGUGAUAGACUUCCGUUACGGAUUCUGUCCCCCGUCGAUGAGAUGAAGAUAAAAGCUCUAAAACCACGAAUGCAGACGAGCCCGGUUCUUCCGCGUGGCGGUUAAUGGGCCGGUCAGCCCCCGGUUACACACGCACCCUCACCAUCGCACCAUCCCUGCUGUAGGGCAAGAAUAUUCAACAGGAAGAAUAAAAUCGCAGUAAAGGCUAUGAGACAUAUCAGUUGUUUUGUUUUUAAUUUCAUUUUUUUUUAUAACCAGGGUGAAACAAGAUGUUAAUUUACGCUAGAAGAGAUUUUUUUUUAUAUAUAUAUAUAUACGUUGUCUGCAGCUUUCUUCCUGUCACUGGUUGCACACUUUUUGCUUCAGAACCAGAAAUGGAAAAAAAAGGGUUCUGAGCAAAUUAUAUAUAAAUAUAUAUAUAUAUACACAUUUUUUUAAUAUAAAAAAAAGUUUUGCAUCGAGAAUAUUAAAAAGUGAAUUAAACUAGAUCGAAGAAACUGUCCUACUGUUGUAAGUACUUCAUUAUUGUGCAUUUUAUUGUGUGAGUAUAUGUACCAUAGAGAUGAUAAUGUAUAUAACACACUGUAUGUAUAAAAAAAUAAAAAAAUAAAGAGUUAU